CGACAGGUGCGCUCCUCUCAAAACACAAAAAAGACUACAUAUUUGAUGCAGAAAACCGAGAAAAUGAUGGAGAAUGACCAGUAGGGAAGUUUAAGGAACUUUGUUGGGGCCGAGGUCAAAAGCUUGCAUCCAAUCAGCCGCUCCAUGUGAAACCUAUUUGGAUACACUGUGAGCUCACCAGGAGGACAAUCAUGAAGAGGAACAAGCAGAUAGACGUCAAGCGCGCCCUCGCUCUGGCAGGCACCUUCACCUUCCUGUGCUCCUGUGCCAAAGCCUGCCUGCUUCCCUUCCUCACCCUGUACUUUAGACAGCAGGGCCUGACUCCUGCAAUGACCGGCGUUGUCAUGGGGACCAAGCACCUCAUAACGUUGGUGUGGUGCCCUGUGACGAGCCUGCUGUCCAAGCACUACAACAAGAGGCGAGCGGUGAUCAUCGGCUGUCUGGUGUGUUCGGCAGCAGUCGCUCUGGCUCUGCUUUUCAUCCCCCCCGCGGAUGUAAACACACUAAGCGCCGCCUGCAAUGUGUCUGAUCGGAAUAACGGUCCAACUCAAGGUGCGGGUGAUCACAGGCUCAUGAGUAGUGUAGGACCCACAACGUUAUCGACUGGAACCAGUGGAACCAGCCCAAAAAUCAACACAACUGCCAAUUCUCACACUGGUGUCACUUUUCCUGCGAAGACACCUGGUGAUAAUGAAUCUGCUCCUGUUGUGAUGAACAAAACUUCACAGCAUGAUAAUAAAACGCCUCAUCCUCAGUUAUCUGAGGUGGUCAACAACAGUCUUAGAGAGCCAAACAUCAGCACCUCUGUCGUGUUUCAUACCACCAGCCCUCUGGCAACAUUAGAGAGGAAUAAACGAUCCCAGUUCAAAUCAGAGGAACAACCAGAGCAGGACAAAGAGAAUCAUUUUGACUUUAUGAGCAGGUUAAAGGUGAUGUACGCUCAACACAAACUCUUCUUUUUGUUACUCAUCACUGUGUCCAUGUGGGAGUUUGUUUCAGCCCCUCUAGAAUGGACGGCAGAUGACGGCCUGUAUGAAUAUCUCGAUUUCGCAGAUGCCUCGGACCGAUACAGCAGCACCAGGGUGUGGGGUUUACUGGGAGCAGCAUGUGGGGUUGUGGGAGUGGGGUCGCUGGUUAGCCAGUUAAACUGUCUCAUAGCAGGUCAGAUCUCCAGGAGCACCGUACAUUUCUUCUGCUAUGCUGGUGUGGCAGCUCUGGCUCUGCCUGUGGCGACCUUCCUGCCUCUCUACCUAAACAAGAAGCGGGACAAGGCCAACGGGCUACUUAAAGCUGUGCAGCUGGUGCGUGCCUCCCCCCGUGCUCUGCUCUGUACCGUCACUACUCUGUUGGCUGGAAUGGCAAGCUCGGCCGUGGAUAACUUCCUCUUGUGGCAGAUGCAGGAUCAUGGGAGCAGUGAGCUGCACAUGGGAUUGUCUUUAGCCGUCGCUCUGCUCUCUCAGGCCGCCUUUCCUCUACUGGUGGGCCGACUGUCCAAGCUCCUCAGUCCAGGACGGGUGCUCGCAGUGGGGGCUGCAUGUCUGGGGUUGCAGUGCUUCUAUUACUCCUUCCUGUGGGGGCCGUGGGCUGCGUUGCCUGCUCAGGUUUUGAGCUGUUUCAGCAGCGGGGCCUUCUGGUGGGCUGUGAGCAUCCAGUGUGAAGAAGUUGCCACACCGGGGGCUGAGAGGAGUGUGAGGAGGGUCUAUAGUACACUCUCUCUAGAGCUGGGAAGUGGGCUGGGGAGCUUUGCUGGAGGGUUCGUGGUCCAGAGGUUUGGGCUGGAGUGGCUGUUCAGAGGAGUUGCAGUGGGUCUGAUGGUGUGGUGUGUGUGUCUGCCUCUGCUCCAGUGGAAAGCUCCUCGCCAACGCAGGAUUAACUAUUCUCGCCUUUUGGCCGCUGAUGCAAGUGAAGCCAGCGACUCUGAGUCUGAACAGGAGAGAGACUGGCUGGAUAAAGCAAUGGAAGAUGACAAAAGCAAUAACAACUAUGGAAGGAGGAUAAACCACUGAACUCCACAGUGUGACAGCAUUAAAUUAUGCAGUAUUUACUACAGUAGAUGGA